AUGUACUCACAUACAUACACAAAUUCCGAUUCACAUUCUCAUAGGAACGAAAACUCAAGUUCAUGGCAUUCCCGCUCUCACACACCUACAUCUACUAAUUCCAAACGUAAACACACUGACCCCGUUCUUCCAGAUGCUACUACUCACUCCAAGCGCCAAAAAGUUUCCCCUUCCGGAUAUCGUCCUAUCAAUGACGAUACGAUACUAGUUCAGGAUCACUACAAUUCUCGACCAAAGGUCGAUAUCUCCAAACGUGGCGAAUCCAGGAUCAUAUUCAUGAGGAAUUUCAACAAUUGGGUGAAGAGUGUUUUAAUCGGGAGACAUGCAGUGAGAGGAGGAACAGUGUUGGAUUUGGGAUGCGGAAAAGGAGGGGAUCUGCUCAAGUGGAAAAAAGCCGGGAUUGCAACAUAUAUAGGAUUGGAUAUUGCUGAAGUGGCAAUCAGACAUGCUAAGGAAAGGUGGAGAGAUAUGAAAGGCCGUAAGUUCGUCGUAGAAUUCAAUACUCUUGACUGCUUCUCCUUUCCUCUUUCAACCAAAAUCCCGCGUACAAUCGACUUUGAUGUGGUAAGCAUGCAAUUUUCCCUGCAUUAUGCAUUCGAAAGCGAAUCCAGAGCGCGUAUGGCUCUGCGUAACAUCUCCUCCAACCUCAAGCAAGGAGGAAAAUUCAUUGGAACUAUUCCGGAUGCCAACUGGAUUGUUAAACGGUUGAAAGCGCUACCUGAAGAUGAAUUGGCAUUUGGAAACGAAAUUUAUAGUAUUAGAUUUGAACAGAAAGAGACAUUUCCAACAUUCGGACACAAAUACUGGUUUUGGUUAGCAGAUGCGGUCGAUUGUCCGGAAUAUUUGGUACAUUUUAGAAAAUUCGAAAGAUUGGCUGCCGAAUAUGGAUUGGAAUUAAAAUACAAGAAGAGGUUUCAUGAUGUUUACGAUGAGGCAAAGGAUGAACAGAUGUUUAGAGAAUUACUUUAUGUCAUGAAGGUUAUAAGAGAAAAUCCAGCAGAUGGAGAGAUGUCCGAGGCAGAAUGGGAGGCUGCAGGAUUGUAUAUUGCAUUUGCAUUUGAGAAAGUGCGAUGA